AUGACUUAUGUUUUCACUUGCAAUGCUUGUUUGAUUCAGUUUCGGUCGAGUGACCAACAAAGGUAUCAUAUGAAGACUGAAUGGCAUAGAUAUAACUUAAAGCGCAAACUAGCCCAGCUCGGGCCGAUUCCUGCCGAUCUCUUUGCUGAGAAGGUACAACUUUCGGAGAAAGAAAAAGAGCUCAAUCAAGUUGAUGAAUUUGGAUUUCCGAUCUUGAAGUCAAAAGAUUCGCAAUAUAACCAAAAGAAAAGCUCAAGUGUUAAAACCAAACUCAAGAAAAAGAGGGGACGCCAGUUUGACAACGUCGAAGUUAGUCGCAACCAUGCUAGGUCUGUGUCACCAGCCGUUUCAGUGACGUCAGAAAUGUCCAAAAUGUCUCUUAACAGCACCGAUUUCGACGACGAAAGAUCAUACGGAAAUGGAUUCACAACAGACUCCAACAGCGAAUACCAUUCCAGUGAUUACGAGACCAGCGAAAUCGAAGCUGGCGAAGAUGAAGGAACCGAAGAUGAAGGGACCGAAGAGCGGCCUUCUGCUACAGAUUGUAUUUUUUGUACUGCUGAGCAUAAGGACAUCGAACGCAACGUUAGUCAUAUGUUCCGGUCCCAUGGUCUUUACAUCCCCGAACCGUCCUUCCUGAUAGAUCUGCCGGGUCUACUUGAUGAUCUAAUAGACCUGAUAGUUAUAGCCAACCGGUGCUUAUGUUGUUCUUUUCAAGGAACCAGUCUUGAAAGUAUCCGCGCUCACAUAUCUUCCAAGAGCCACGCUAGACUACCAUAUGAAACAAAAGAAGAAAGAGCAAAGUUUUCACAAUUUUACGAUUUCUCCCUAGCAGACAAUAACAUCCACGAUAAAGAAGAAGAGAGCGAUACUAGAGUUACUGGAGAUGAUGCAGAUGCAGAUGUGGCAGCUAUAACUCCCGAUGACACUGAUACGGCACACUCAAGUUUAACUGUGGACAUGAAUUCCAAUUACGCGCUAGCAGAAGUCGAUGACACCGGAGUCGAGCUCACUUUGCCAACUGGAGUAAGGGCGGGGCAUCGCUCAAUGCGAAGGUUUUACCGGCAAAAUCUACCACUCCCACCGGAUGCUUCAGAUGGAAAUAGGACCCUAGCUGUCGGGGAUCGGAGAUUCUUGGGCGGUGUUACUGAUAAAACGAUCAGGAAGAAUGACAAAAACGUUCACCAACUCGAAAGGCAAAGCAUAAAUCGCAAGAUUCGCACCGAGACCAGAAGGAGCAACUUUCAAACCCAUUUCAGAGACGAACUUCUACAGUGA